UUUGCUACAAACGUCACUUCCGUUUUUCCAGUAGUCCUGGGACUACCCGAGAGGCAGGGAGGCAUUAGAAAGACCGGAGUGGAAGAACUUGAGUGGAAUAAUGCCUAAAUCAAAGGAACUUGUGUCUUCAAGCUCAUCUGGCAGUGAUUCAGAUGCUGAUACAGCGCACGCAAAUCAUCUGCUGUCGGAAAAAAGGAAAAAACAGGCAGCCCCAGAAAAGCCCGUAAAGAAACAGAAGACUGGCGAAAGUUCCAGAGGUGCAGCCUCCUCCGUGCAAAGUAGCAACAGAGAUGAGAAUAUGUUUCAGAUUGGUAAAAUGAGGUAUGUCAAUGUUCGAGAUUUUAAAGGCAAAGUCCUAAUUGAUAUUAGAGAAUACUGGAUGGAUCAAGAAGGUGAAAUGAAACCUGGCAGAAAAGGCAUCUCUCUAAAUCCAGAACAGUGGAGCCAGCUGAAGGAACAGAUUACUGAUAUUGAUGAAGCAAUAAGAAAACUGUAAAGAUGAGCCAUACAGAAACUCUACUGUUACAGGUUUAAGUAGUCUUUUUACAUUGGCAUUCGUUUUUCUAAACUAUUUGUUUUCCAAGCUAUUGUAUAUUUGGAUUGCAAACAAUUUGUAAGAUGGAAUGCUUUUUUAAAUGUGCAUUAAAAAAAGUGUAUUCUGAGUGAAGUUACAAAUGUGUAUACUUUUAUUAAAUAGGUGUUAUGUUCUCACAUCAUGAUGUAAAAUAAAACACAUUUAAUUAAUA